GCUUCACAGGCACUAAGGAGACCCUACAAGCUGUGUGUGCGUUUCUGUGUCAUUUCUCAAAGUCAUCAAUCUGUGACAAGAAGACAUGGGCAGACAAAAGGAGUAUCUGGAUAAACUGUCCCGCUUCUUCCAGAUCCGCAACCUGCUGCUUCGUCAAGCCUUAGCAGAGUGUCUUGGCACGCUCAUCCUUGUAAUGUUUGGCUGUGGCGCUGUGGCCCAGCGGGUGUUGAGCGGUGGUUCCCAUGGCUUGUUCCUUACUGUCAACUUUGCCUUUGGCUUUGCUGCCAUGUUAGGCAUCUUGGUCUGUGGCCAAGUGUCAGGCGGCCAUCUCAACCCAGCAGUAACUUUUGCCUUGUGUCUGCUUGGAAGAGAGCGCUGGAGAAAGUUUCCCAUGUACUUCCUCUUUCAGACAAUUGGUGCUUUUUUUGGUUCUGCUAUCAUUUUUGGCAUGUACUAUGAUGCUUUGUUGCUCCGUCCUGGAAGUUUUAAUUUGACUAGCACUAACAACACGGCUGGCAUAUUUGCAACUUACCCUGCGAGGCAUCUCACACUUGUCAAUGGUUUCUUUGAUCAGAUUAUUGGCACAACAGCACUCAUAGUUUGUGUUCUGGCCAUUGUGGAUCCUUACAACAACCCCAUCCCCCAAGGGCUGGAGGCCUUCACUGUGGGAUUUGUGGUUCUGGUCAUUGGAUUGUCUAUGGGUUUUAAUUCUGGCUAUGCAGUCAAUCCUGCCAGAGACUUUGGACCACGUCUUUUCACCUCUAUGUCUGGGUGGGGGGGUGCUGUUUUCACGGCUAGAGACUGCUGGUUCCUGGUCCCUAUUUUUGCCCCAUUCCUUGGCGCCAUUCUUGGUGUGCUGAUUUACCAGUUGAUGGUUGGUUUCCACACAGAGGGAGAAGCACGUGACAAGAAGCAGGGGACAGUCCAGGAGAACCUCCAACUCGCCAAUGUUGCUUCCUCAAACAACUCUAAAGAGGCUACCAAAGAAAUUUACUAAGUGUCUUGCAGAAAUAUAGCUAGUCACUGCAUUUGGGAAUGCACAGUAUAACACCAGCAUGUUUAUUUCCUGCCAUUUUUCUCAAACUAUCUCUGUCUGUUUGGAUAUUUCCCCAGAUAGUUAUCAGGUCAUGUUACUGUAUCAUAGUUUUGAAAAAUGACUGUGUGAGUAGAAAAGCAAAUUCAGAAACACAGAAUUACAUUAAUUCUUUUAUGAGAUGAUUUUGUAUUUCAUUGUCUAUACAACUUGUUUUUACACUACCUUAUGUUUAAUGUUUUUUUUUUUUUAAUUUUUAAGAUAGUGUAUGUAUAUAUAUAUAUAUAUAUAUUCAGACAGACCUUUGUCUAUUAUUUUCUGUGCUUUUCUCUAUUUUUUUUUUUACAGCCUAUUUCAAUGUUAAUCUGCUUGAAAAGAAUAAAAGUACAUUUCUUUUAAAGUUCACAACAGGCAGCAACAUAUUUGUGCAGACUGUGUUAGCUGUGUUCUCAGGUGUUGACAGAUUGUGGCAAGAUUAUAAUCUUCCGCUGCCACCUUUUCUCUGAAACCAGCUAGAGCUGUUAUGAUUUUAAAACUGAACUUUCCUACCUGAAAAAGUUAUUUGAAAGUCAUUCAACACUAUCAAGUACUUUUAAUUUCAUGCUUGAAACUAGUUCUAACAAACAACAUUUAUAUUCUAUGUGCAGAAACAUAUUCUGUAUGGUCUUUACUAUCUUAUAUGUGGGUGUAUUCACUGAGGUGUACCAGAUUGGAGAGUGCAUAUUUUGUAAGUAGGAUAAGGGGAAAUACUUUUGCAUUUAUAAAAUAAAGUUCUGUUUUUUUUGUUUUUUUUUUUAGUGCUGUUUACUGUUGGUUUGUGCAGCUUUCUCAUGUUUGUCAUAAAUGCUUCUUAUUUCUGGGAAUGACUUUACUCUGAGAUACACAUUCAUCUUUACAAGACACAAAAUGUUUCAACUUAGAUAUAUAUAAAAUUUAUUCUUGUUAUUUAAAAAAGAAUCAUCAUUAAGCAUCCAUUGAUGAAAACAGACAUAAGAGAACUGGUACAACUGCGAUUACAGGGUGACAGUUCUGAAUCAAAAUCUGGAAAAUAAUGUUACUAAAGCUUUGAAAUGUAAUAUGAUCUAGUAAUACACCCUUUGGAUCCCUUUGGACUUGCCCCUACUUGUUAGAGGUGUCACUGAAAUUAGGACGGCUGCCCACACCAAUCUGCUUAAUUUGAACAUCGCAUCACUGCUGUAGCUUUACUGCAUAUUUUCGCGGCGUAAAACAAAAAACGAUGGAUGUGAGCUUUUACAACGUUCGUUUUUCUUCAUGUUGGAGCUUGUUGAACCGGUGGUUUGAUGAAAGACUUCCGCAAGCUUUUUGCCAGUAAAGAUUUUAAGGGUGAUUACUCGAACACGAGCUGCUGUUUUGGCCGUUUUGUUUCCACUCACCCGAGCUCACCGUCUCGGGAAGGGCUCCACCUCUUUGCCUCUAGCUGUGUGUGUAUGUGUCUGCACGCGCUCAUCGUUAAACUAUGACAUCAUCUUCACUGCUGCUGUUGCGAUAUCCGCCCUAUUUUGUAGAAGGACUGGGGGCUGCCUGGACCCAGUGAUGUCAUACUUGUUAUUCACACGUAUGUUCCAAGAUACGUUUGCACUGCAGAUCUAUUUUUAGUCAAAAAUGUGGGUGAAAAGCUUGCAUAGUGACAAGUGAGCGCAAGAGAGUCUCGAAGAUUUCUUUUCAGUCUUAUUUUAAUUACAACAUUUGUACAAAACAAGUCAGAAAAUAAAUCAAAUGCUUGUAAUAGCGUAUGAAUACUCAGUUAUUUGUCAUCUUUGUUUUUCUUAUUUUUUGCCUUUUUUUUUUUACUUGCCAUUUAUCAACAAAAUAUGUGGAUACCUAGUCUUUAUCCAAUUGUUAUGGAGAGAAAAUGAGGGCAAAUCUGUUCUUGCAGAGAAAGUAUUCUGGCUGUUAGUUUGAUCCAGUGGGUUCGUCCAUUUACUUUCAACAGGCCUUAGCAGGUCACCCUGCAUGUUUGGACGAGAUUACCCUGGAAAGUCCCUCUUAAACACGAAUACAGUUUUUCUGUCCAACAAAGCUGUUUGAACCAUGUCAUUUUUUCUCUCUUUAAUGAUAGAUGUUAAUAUCUGAAGUGUACUGCGUGAAUGUUAAAACCUUUGUGUUACCACAGAAACUUUACCCUUAUAAUGUAUUUAUAAAUGUAAUGAUUGUUUUAAAGGAAUUAUCAGCAAACCCACAGACCCCCCACGUCUUACAAUACCUGCUGUUUAUUUAAUGAUUAUAUUGGUUGAUGCUUGUUUAUAUUCAUGAUUUAACAACCCGAGGACACUUGGAGGUUAGCAUGACAUCUUUAAGAUAAAAAUAUUUAUAUUAACAAUGGAUUACAUUACAAUAAACAAAUGGAAAUUUGUCUAUCUGCA